AUGCCUGAUUAUGAAUUAAAAGAUAAUUAAUAUUAAAUUUGUAAGGAAAAUUGUAAAUAUAAUUCUGGUUACUAUUAUGAUUGGGAUUAACUUAAAUGUUUACAAUGUGAUUCACUCAAUGCAAAAAUAGUGCAAUAUAAUGUACAGCAUGUUCUCUUACGAAAUAUCUUGAGAAUCAAAAAUGUUUAUCUUGUUCUUAUCCUUGUCAUUAUUGUAUUAAUUCCAUUACAUGUACAAGUUGUAAAACAGGAUUAUUCUUAUUUAAUAAUAUAUGUCAAACAUGUUAGACUCCAUGUAUCUCUUGUAAAGAUAAUAAAUGUACUGCUUGUUAAGAUGGAUAUUUUUUAGAUAAAUCAUCAUAAUGUUCACAAUGUAUAACUCCGUGCAUCUAAUGCAAAUCUUUAACAGAAUGUAAAAAUUGUAUUCAAUCAAAAUAUAUACUUAAAGAUAAUAAGUGUCAACGAUGUAAUCAACCCUGUGAUGAAUGCAAUGAAAAUGGUUGUACAAAAUGUAAUAGAGGAUAUUAUCUUUAAUAUUAUACUUGUAUAUAAUGUUCUGAAAAUUGCAUAGAUUGUAAUGAACAAUUAUGUUAUAAUUGUAUCUAACCUAAAGUACCACAUCUGAAUAUUUGUGUCAGUUGUGAAAGUAAAUGUUAAAGUUGUACAAGUGAUAAAUGUUUAAUUUGUAAUAAUUCUCAUCAUUUAAUCGAUGGAUAGUGUUUACCUUGUAAAUCUAAUUGCAUAUCUUGUUCUGAAAUUCUAUGUCAAUUAUGUAAUAAUAAAUAUUAUGCCCAAUAAAGUGAAUGUCUAUCCUAUGAAUCUAAUUGCUAACUUUGUGAUGUCUCUAAUGUGAUAUCAAUUACUAUCCUAACGGUUAAUAGUGUAUCAAAUGUUAAGAUAAUUGUUUAUCUUGUACUCUUGUAAAGAUGGAUAUUUUUUAGAUGCAACUAAAUGUAAUAAAUGCAUUGAACCUUGUCUAACAUGUUUAACUUAAGAUCUUUGUUUAUCUUGUAAUUAAUCCUACUAUUUAACUGCUGAAAACAAAUGCUAAAAAUGUACAGAUGGAUGUCAAUAAUCAAAGAUGGAUACUAUCUAAAUAAUCAUCAAUGUUAACAAUGUUCUGAAGGUUGUUUAAGAUUUGUGUAUUCUUAAGACAUCAAGUUAUCUGUUUGUCUGCAGUGUGAUGAAGCUAAUUAUAGUUAUUAGGAUAAUGAAAAAUGUGUACAAUAAACAAUUGUUUGAUUUGUUCAUCUGA